AAUGAUACCGCUUUUACUCUGCCAGAAAAGUGGUACAGACACUAUCACGACUGUAGCUAUCAUCUCCACGACAGAACAAAAAACCAAGCCCGGCCGACGAAGGGAGCAAAGAGCCAAAGAUCCUACCUUUCUCAGCAGAGCAGAAGGCCCUCAACUUCUUGGCGAGAGUGGCUACUGGGCCGGGGCUUCCGGCCAUUCCUGCCGAGACCAUGUGUCCUCACCAACGUUGUCAGAUCGGCGGCUCCCCGAGAACUGGGUGCCGGCCGCGGGUGGGGGUCACUCCAUCGGGUCAACCCGGGUCGACUCCACUACCUUCGCUUUUCGGUUACAACUCUACCUCUA